AGAGCUUGGAAGAGCAGAAACCCCCUGAUACAGCCCAGUUCUGAAGGAGGAGGACUGGCAACCCCAAUGGGAGCACAGAGCGUUGUGACCAGGACUAGCAGCUGCUGGCACCAGGAGGGAGCUGAAGUCAUGGAUUGUUUCCAGACUACGCCCAGCUCCUCCUGGGUUUAUCCCACUGUGAUCCUCUGCUUAUUUGGAUUCUUCUCCACCAUGAGGCCCUCAGAACCCUUCCUCAUCCCAUAUUUAAUGGAACCAAGUAAAAACCUUACCAGCGAAGAGAUCACAAACGAGAUCUUCCCGGUGUGGACGUAUUCUUACCUGGUGCUGCUGCUCCCGGUCCUCGUCCUCACCGACUACGUGCGCUACAAGCCGGUCAUCCUCCUGCAGGGGGUCAGCUUCGUCGCCACCUGGCUGAUGCUCUUGUUCGCCCGAGGAGUGGCGGCCAUGCAGGCCAUGGAGUUCUUCUACGGGGUGGCCACCGCCGCCGAGGUGGCCUACUACGCCUACAUCUACAGCGUGGUCAGCCCCGAGCACUACCAGCGGGUCAGCGGCUACUGCAGGGGCGUCACGCUGGCGGCCUACACGGCGGCCUCGGUGCUGGCCCAGCUGCUGGUGUCCCUGGGCCGCCUGCCCUACUUUUACCUCAACGUCAUGUCCCUGACCUCGGUCUCCCUGGCCUGCCUGUGCGCCCUGUUUCUCCCCAUGCCCGGGAAGAGCUUGUUUUUCCAUGCCCAAGGCAGCCUGGAGGUCCCGAAGUGGCCCAGCAGGGAGGCGGUGGAGCAGGAAGCCCCUGGGUGGGAGGCGCCCGGCGGGGAUGCAGAGAAGCGGCCCUCGUGGGUGCCCACGGUCUCGGGGCGGCUGGCUGGCGGCCCGGGGGGGCGCGUGCGGGCCCAGGGCGCAGCGAGGCGGUUGUGCGAGCAGUGGCUGCGGGACCUGAGGGAGAGCUUCUCCAGCCGGCGCCUCCUCUACUGGUCCCUGUGGUGGGCAUCGUCCACGGCGGGCUACAACCAGGUGGUGAACUACGUUCAGGUCCUGUGGGAUGACAAGGCCCCGGCCCAGGCCUCUGUGGUCUACAAUGGGGCGGUGGAGGCGCUGGCGACCUUCGGGGGGGCUGUGGCCGCCUUGGCAGUGGGUCAUGUGCAUGUCAACUGGGAUCUUCUGGGGGAGCUGGCGCUGGCCAUCUUCUCGGUUGUAAACGCAGCCUCUCUAUUCCUCAUGCAUCACACCACCAACAUCUGGGUGUGCUACGCUGGCUAUCUGAUCUUCAAGUCCAGCUACAUGCUUCUAAUAACCAUAGCCGUCUUUCAGAUUGCAGUUAACCUGAGCGUGGAACGCUACGCCCUCGUGUUUGGAAUCAACACCUUCAUCGCCCUGGUGAUUCAGACCAUCCUAACUGUGAUCGUGGUGGAUCCCAAAGGACUCAACCUGCCAGUCAGAAUCCAGUUUUUAGUUUAUGGUAGUUAUUUUGCCGUCAUUGCUGGGAUUUUCCUAAUGAGAAGCAUAUACAUUAUCUGCUCAGUCAAAUGCCAGAGGAAUGUGCAGCUCUCAGCUCCAAAUCAAAAUCCAUAUGGGCCACCACCAGAGAUACCAGGGAAUGUCACCGCUGGAAUAUGGCUCUAAUUGAUGUCACCUGCUACUGCCGCCAAGGAAGGUCUGUGCUGUUUGCAAAGUCACUGAGUAUCAUGAAUCCACACACUUCACAGGGAACUUGUGAGCCCACUUCCAAGAACCUACUCAAAACCGCAACAAAUCCAGUGGCGGACUGGACAUCCAUGCGCCCAGGUGGAGGGGAUAUAGUCAGUGGGGCCUGUCAUAUCAAUUAAAUAAUCAUGUCAGGCCCUCAGUGGAUGGCAGUGACUGGACCAUCGUUGCUUUGAGCAUGUGUGGACGUGACAAUGGCAUAAAGUCAAACCACGAGACACGUCCCGCCAUCCUGGAGUUGGUGCCCAGACUUGGCCUGUUUCCUGGCUUGUGUGUUUAUUUUACCAAACACUGCGUGGGAGACUUGUUGCCACAUUUUUCUUCCUCUUUCAUUAAGUAUAUUUCUGUAUAUUGUAGAGUUCUCUGAGAGAAUUGCAAGGUUUAGUCCCAUUUCUGAGGACAGCUCUGUUAGCUGGCUGUAUUCACAAGCUACUGUUUAAUAAUAUCACCACUUUAUUUUUUCAUGGUUACUUUCUUUUUGUGCUCUGUUGAGCUUUGUCAUUGUAACUCUACCUCAGGAAUAGUUCCAGACAUGUCUGUGUGUCCUCAGAAGAACAUUCAGGUCAACUACCCGGGGCCCCACAGAAGCCCAUGAGCUUUCCCCCCACAUGACCCCAGGUAUACAUUUUGGUGCUAAGUCAGUGUGAUGUCUGUCUAAGAGACAGAGAGUUCUAUACAUAUUUGUCCAGAGAGUUCUAUACGUAUUUAUAAAUAAGAAAACAUUGAUGUGUGG